GGCGGGGAGGGGCGGGGGGGACACCGGGACGGGCCCGGGACACCGGAGGGACGCGGCGGCGGCGACAUGAGGGGAGCGGCCGGGCUAGGGCUGGGGCUGCGCCUGCUCCGCCGGGCCCCGCCGGGGGUCGGGGGGGCCCGGCUGCAAAGCACGCAUGAGGCUGAGGCCGUGCUGCACAAAACUGGAGCAGUGGCAGCAGCGGCUGCGGCCCCCCCCAAGGCCCAGCCUGCCCUGGAGGAGUCUAAGUCAUUCGCCGUGGGGAUGUUCCUGGGGCGGUUGAACACGGAGCAGGUCUUCCCGUACCCCUCAGUGCUGAGCGAGGAGCAGGAGCAGACGCUGCAGGAGCUGGUGGGACCCCUCACCCGCUUUUUUGAGGAGGUGAACAACCCGGCCCGUAAUGACGAGCUGGAGCAGGUGGAGGAUGCAACGAUGCAGGGGCUGAAGGAGAUGGGGGCCUUUGGGCUGCAGGUGCCCCCCGAAAUGGGGGGGCUGGGGCUCUCCAACACCCAGUAUGCCCGGCUGGUGGAGAUCGUGGGCCAGCACGACCUGGGGGUGGGCAUCACGCUGGGAGCCCACCAGUCCAUCGGCUUCAAGGGGCUGCUACUCUAUGGGACCCCCGCCCAGAAGAAGAAAUACCUGCCCCGCCUGGCCACCGGGGAGACGGUGGCGGCUUUUUGCCUGACGGAGCCGGGCAGCGGCUCGGACGCCGCCUCCAUCCGGACACGGGCACAGCCCAGCCCCUGCGGCACAUUCUACACCCUGGACGGCAGCAAGAUCUGGAUCAGCAACGGGGGCCUGGCUGAGAUCUUCACGGUGUUCGCCAAGACGCCACUGCGGGAUGAGGGGACAGGGGAGACAAAGGAGAAGAUAACGGCGUUCAUCGUGGAGCGUGGCUUCGGGGGGGUCACCCGUGGUGCCCCCGAGAAGAAGAUGGGGAUCCGGGCGUCCAACACGGCAGAGGUUCACUUCGAGGGGGUGCGGGUCCCAGCCGAGAACGUCCUGGGGGUGCUGGGGGGGGGCUUCAAGGUGGCCAUGAACAUCCUCAACAACGGCCGCUUCGGGAUGGCUGCCGCCAUGGCCGGCACCAUGCGGGGGGUCCUGGCCAAGGCCGUGGAACAUGCCGCCAACCGCACCCAGUUUGGGGACAAGAUCCACAAUUUUGGGGUCAUCCAGGAGAAACUGGCACGGAUGGCGCUGCUGCAGUACGUCACCGAGUCCAUGGCAUACAUGAUCAGCGCCAACAUGGACCAGGGAGCCACCGACUUCCAGAUCGAGGCGGCCAUCAGCAAGAUUUUUGGCUCAGAGGCAGCUUGGACCGUGACGGACGAGUGCAUCCAGGUGAUGGGAGGGAUGGGCUUCAUGCAGGUGAGUGGGACUCCUGGGUUGUGGGGCUGCCCCCCGGGUUAUGGGGCUGCCCCACAAGUUGUGGGGUGCCCCUCCGGGUUGUGGGGACCCCCCCAAACCCCGCCCCUGCCCUGU